GUGGGCGCAGGAGAUGGGCGGCGAUGAGGGCGACAAGGGCGAGGGUGAGGGGGAGGAGGAUAAGAGGGGCGAGCGCGAGGAUGAGUGCGACGAGGAGGAGGAGGAUAGAAGGCUGAGGAUGGAGGACGGAGAGGCGCAGGAAGUGGCCAAUGAGUUGGAGGAGUCUGAGGAUCAGAGGGACGGCGAGAACGGCGAGGAGCAGCAGUGGACCCCAAAUCGCGCGACGCAGGUCGGUGACGCUGACAUGCUGCCGCUCGUCGACAGCGUGCAGGAGGACGACCCGCCGACACACUUCGAUGGGGCAGACUCAACGGCCGACUACAGAGCAGCCGAGGUAGACAAGAGGCAGACUCCUAUCGGCGAGAACGACGGUCGUCGUACAUCACUGGCAAGGCAGGCAGCGGCGCUGGGUGAGCCCUUCUCCGCUCACCACUUGAGCCGCCCACACUCCUUUCAGUCCUCUGCGAUUGAGGAUCUGCUUGGGCGUUGGAUCCUCGACCCCGCCGCUCUGCCCACUACAUCGCACAAGCAAUUGGCAGUAGAUAGCCUUUCCCCACUGGCUCGCACGUCUCCGCCUUCGUCCACUGAAGACCGGCUUGGCCCAGCGCUGUGCGCCUUGAAGUAUCACGACAACGUCAUGGCAGAGCAAGGCCGCAACAUCAACCGCCUCCACCAACUCGCGAUGAACCAAGGGAGAACGAUCGACACGCAAGGUUGCGUGAUCGAGCGCCUGGAAGAGCGUGUCAGCGUCAUCGUCAACAACGACCUCGUCGAGCUGUCGCGCCGGAUUCAGCAAGGCCACGGUCGUUCAGAAAGGGCAGAGGAGUUGUUGCGCAACAAUAUCGAGCGUCACGACGCCCAGCUCGAGGAAGAGGCGUCGUUGCGCAAGGACAUCAAUCGGCACACCGACCAAUCAACGGUCUUGAACGUCUACACGGUAUUCACGUGGAGCUUCUUCGCCGCGAUCUCACAUGGGCCAUGA